GUGUGUGCACGCUUGUGCGUCUGAGAAUGCAUGUGCUGGGUGUGUCUUUGUCGCUAGCUUUGUUUGGGUCUCCCGUGCUGCUUGUGUAUGAAUGGGACUAAAUUUGGAGGCGAAGGGUGAGACCAGGGGACAAAGGGGAGGGCCCCGAGUUCUGAAAGGGAACAGGGAUGUGGAAAUGGAUUUGAGGGAAGGUUCCAGGCUACUUGGAAAGAGGAGGAAUGUUGAGGUAAUUGUGGAGACUGCUCCCCUAGGGUUAGGGUGUGAUGGACGAGCCAGAUGCUGUGGUCCUGUGGGCAAGAUGUGAAAAUGUGGCAUGGGCUUCUUUUCCUCCAGGACUGUGUGGGGGUGACAAGAGGCCUGAUAAGGAUGGCAUCCGGCUGCUACCUUCAGCACUGGGUGUGAAGAAGAGAAAACGAGGACCCAAGAAGCAGAAGGAGAACAAGCCAGGAAAACCCCGAAAACGCAAGAAGCUUGACAGUGAGGAGGAAUUUGGCUCCGAGCGAGAUGAGUACCGAGAGAAGUCAGAGAGUGGAGGCAGCGAAUAUGGAACUGGACCAGGUCGGAAACGGAGGCGGAAGCACAGAGAGAAAAAGGAGAAGAAGACAAAGCGGCGGAAAAAGGGGGAGGGAGACGGGGGGCAAAAGCAGGUAGAACAGAAGUCAUCGGCGACUCUGCUUCUGACCUGGGGCCUAGAGGAUGUGGAACAUGUGUUCUCCGAGGAGGAUUACCACACACUCACCAACUACAAAGCCUUCAGCCAGUUCAUGAGGCCCCUGAUUGCGAAGAAGAAUCCUAAGAUCCCGAUGUCCAAGAUGAUGACCAUCCUUGGGGCCAAGUGGAGAGAGUUCAGUGCCAACAACCCCUUCAAGGGGUCGGCGGCUGCUGUGGCGGCUGCGGCAGCCGCGGCGGCCGCGGCAGUGGCCGAGCAGGUGUCAGCUGCUGUGUCAUCGGCCACCCCCGUAGCACCUUCCGGACCCCCCACCCUCCCACCGCCUCCUGUCGAUGCCCAGCCCCCACCCAUCCGAAGAGCCAAAACCAAAGAGGGCAAAGGUCCGGGCCAUAAAAGGCGGAGUAAGAGCCCCCGAGUGCCUGACGGACGCAAGAAGCUUCGGGGAAAGAAGAUGGCGCCGCUCAAAAUCAAACUGGGGUUGUUGGGUGGCAAGAGGAAGAAGGGAGGCUCGUAUGUUUUGCAGAGUGAUGAGGGCCCUGAGCCGGAGGCCGAGGAGUCAGACCUGGACAGCGGCAGCGUCCACAGCGCCUCGGGCCGGCCCGACGGGCCUGUCCGCACCAAGAAGCUCAAGAGAGGCCGGCCAGGGCGGAAGAAGAGGAAGGUCCUGGGCUGUCCCGCAGUGGCCGGGGAGGAGGAGGUUGACGGCUACGAGACAGAUCACCAGGAUUACUGCGAGGUGUGCCAGCAGGGCGGGGAAAUUAUUCUGUGUGACACCUGCCCUCGUGCCUACCACCUCGUCUGCCUUGAUCCUGAGCUGGACCGGGCUCCCGAGGGCAAAUGGAGCUGCCCCCACUGCGAGAAGGAGGGGGUGCAGUGGGAGGCCAAGGAGGAGGAGGAGGAGUACGAGGAGGAGGGAGAGGAGGAAGGCGAGAAGGAGGAGGAAGACGACCACAUGGAGUACUGCCGCGUGUGCAAGGACGGGGGCGAGCUCUUGUGCUGCGACGCGUGCAUCUCCUCCUACCACAUCCACUGUCUCAACCCGCCCCUGCCCGACAUCCCCAACGGGGAGUGGCUGUGUCCCCGCUGCACGUGCCCCGUGCUGAAAGGCCGCGUGCAGAAGAUCCUGCACUGGCGGUGGGGGGAGCCCCCCGUGUCUGUGCCAGCCCCCCAGCAGGCCGACGGGAACCCCGAUGCCCCACCACCCCGCCCUCUUCAAGGUCGAUCGGAGCGAGAGUUCUUUGUCAAGUGGGUAGGACUGUCCUACUGGCACUGCUCCUGGGCCAAGGAGCUUCAGUUGGAGAUCUUCCACUUGGUCAUGUACCGGAACUACCAGCGGAAGAACGACAUGGAUGAGCCCCCGCCCCUGGACUACGGUUCCGGCGAGGACGACGGGAAGAGUGACAAGCGCAAGGUGAAGGACCCGCACUACGCGGAGAUGGAGGAGAAGUACUAUCGCUUUGGCAUCAAGCCGGAGUGGAUGACCGUCCACCGCAUCAUCAACCACAGUGUGGAUAAAAAGGGGAAUUACCACUACCUAGUGAAAUGGAGGGACUUGCCCUACGACCAGUCCACAUGGGAGGAAGAUGAAAUGAACAUCCCCGAAUACGAAGACCAUAAGCAGAGCUACUGGAGACACCGAGAACUGAUUAUGGGGGAGGACCCCGCCCAGCCCCGCAAGUACAAGAAGAAGAAGAAGGAGCUGCAGGGCGACGGGCCCCCCAGUUCUCCUACUAACGACCCCACGGUGAAAUACGAGACCCAGCCGCGGUUUAUCACGGCCACGGGAGGCACACUGCACAUGUACCAGCUGGAGGGCUUGAACUGGCUGCGCUUCUCGUGGGCCCAGGGCACUGACACCAUCCUGGCUGACGAGAUGGGGCUGGGCAAGACCAUCCAGACCAUCGUCUUCCUCUACUCACUCUACAAGGAGGGCCACACAAAGGGUCCCUUUCUGGUGAGUGCCCCCCUCUCUACUAUCAUUAACUGGGAGCGGGAGUUCCAGAUGUGGGCACCCAAGUUCUACGUGGUGACGUACACGGGUGACAAGGACAGCCGGGCCAUCAUCCGCGAGAAUGAGUUUUCCUUCGAAGACAAUGCCAUCAAAGGUGGCAAGAAAGCCUUUAAGAUGAAGAGGGAGGCCCAGGUGAAGUUCCACGUUCUCCUGACAUCGUAUGAGCUGAUCACCAUCGAUCAGGCAGCACUCGGCUCCAUCCGCUGGGCCUGCCUCGUGGUGGAUGAAGCCCAUCGGCUCAAGAAUAACCAGUCCAAGUUUUUCAGGGUCCUCAAUGGCUACAAGAUAGAUCAUAAGUUGCUGCUGACAGGGACUCCGUUGCAGAAUAAUCUGGAGGAGCUCUUCCACCUGCUGAACUUCCUCACCCCGGAGAGGUUUAACAACCUGGAAGGCUUCCUGGAGGAGUUUGCUGACAUAUCCAAAGAAGACCAGAUUAAGAAACUGCACGACUUGCUGGGGCCGCACAUGCUGCGGAGGCUCAAGGCUGAUGUCUUCAAGAACAUGCCAGCCAAGACAGAGCUCAUCGUUCGGGUGGAGCUGAGCCCCAUGCAGAAGAAAUACUACAAGUACAUCCUGACUCGGAACUUCGAGGCCUUGAAUUCGCGAGGUGGCGGGAACCAGGUGUCUCUGCUCAACAUCAUGAUGGAUCUGAAGAAGUGUUGUAACCACCCCUACCUCUUCCCCGUGGCUGCUAUGGAGUCCCCCAAACUCCCCAGUGGGGCCUACGAGGGCGGGGCACUUAUUAAAGCAUCUGGCAAGCUCAUGCUCCUGCAGAAGAUGCUACGCAAGCUGAAGGAGCAGGGACACAGAGUUCUCAUCUUCUCGCAGAUGACCAAGAUGUUGGACCUGCUAGAGGACUUUUUAGACUACGAAGGUUACAAGUACGAGCGUAUCGAUGGAGGUAUCACGGGCGCCCUGAGGCAGGAGGCCAUCGAUCGGUUCAACGCUCCCGGGGCCCAGCAGUUCUGCUUCCUGCUGUCCACCCGAGCCGGGGGCCUGGGCAUCAAUCUGGCCACUGCCGACACGGUCAUCAUCUUCGAUUCUGACUGGAACCCCCAUAACGACAUCCAGGCCUUCAGCCGCGCUCACCGCAUCGGCCAGGCCAACAAGGUGAUGAUUUACCGGUUUGUGACUCGCGCGUCCGUGGAAGAGCGAAUCACGCAAGUGGCCAAGAGGAAGAUGAUGCUGACGCACCUGGUGGUCCGGCCCGGGCUGGGCUCCAAGGCGGGCUCCAUGUCCAAGCAGGAGCUGGAUGACAUCCUCAAAUUCGGCACCGAGGAGCUGUUCAAGGACGAGAACGAGGGGGAGAACAAAGAGGAAGACAGCAGCGUGAUUCACUACGACAACGAGGCCAUCGCGCGGCUGUUGGACCGGAACCAGGACGCGACGGAGGACACGGACGUACAGAACAUGAACGAGUACCUCAGCUCCUUCAAGGUGGCCCAGUACGUGGUGCGGGAGGAAGACAAGAUCGAGGAGAUCGAGCGGGAGAUCAUCAAGCAGGAGGAGAACGUGGACCCCGACUACUGGGAGAAGCUCCUGAGGCACCACUACGAGCAGCAGCAGGAAGACCUGGCCCGCAAUCUGGGCAAGGGCAAGCGGGUUCGCAAGCAGGUCAACUACAACGAUGCUGCUCAGGAGGACCAGGACAACCAGUCUGAAUACUCAGUGGGAUCAGAGGAGGAAGACGAAGACUUUGAUGAGCGUCCAGAAGGGCGUCGACAGUCAAAGAGGCAGCUCCGGAACGAGAAGGAUAAGCCGCUGCCUCCGCUGCUGGCUCGAGUUGGAGGCAACAUUGAGGUGCUAGGAUUCAACACCCGGCAGCGGAAGGCCUUCCUCAACGCCGUGAUGCGCUGGGGGAUGCCGCCGCAGGACGCCUUCACCACUCAGUGGCUGGUGCGCGACCUGAGGGGCAAGACAGAGAAGGAGUUCAAGGCCUAUGUGUCUCUGUUCAUGCGCCACCUCUGUGAGCCUGGGGCGGAUGGCUCGGAAACCUUUGCUGACGGUGUCCCUCGGGAGGGCCUGAGUCGCCAGCAAGUGCUGACCCGAAUUGGAGUGAUGUCUCUCGUCAAGAAGAAGGUACAGGAAUUUGAGCACAUCAAUGGGCGCUGGUCGAUGCCCGAGCUGAUGCCCGACCCCAGUGCCGACUCUAAGCGCUCCUCCAGAGCCUCCUCUCCUACCAAAACGUCUCCCACCACCCCGGAGGCUUCUGCUACGAAUAGUCCUUGUACUUCUAAGCCUGCUACUCCAGCUCCAAGUGAGAAAGGAGAUGGUGUGAGGACACCUCUUGAAAAGGAUGAAGCGGAAAACCAGGAGGAGAAGCCUGAGAAGAACAGCAAAACCGGGGAGAAGGCGGAGACCGAGGCCGAUGUCCCUAGCCCAGCCCCAUCGCUUGGGGAGCGGCUGGAGCCAAGGAAGAUUCCUCUAGAGGAGGAGGUGCCAGGAGUCCCUGGAGAAAUGGACCCUGAACCUGGGUACCGGGGGGACAGAGAGAAGUCAGCCACAGAGUCGACGCCAGGAGAGAGGGGGGAGGAGAAGCCGUUGGAUGGACAGGAGCACAGGGAGAGGCCGGAGGGGGAAACAGGGGAUUUGGGCAAGAGAGAAGACACGAGAGGGGAGCGGGAGCUGCGGCCGGGGCCUCCUCGGGACGAGCCGCGGCCCAACGGGCGGCGCGAGGAGAAGGCGGAGAAGCCGCGGUUCAUGUUCAAUAUCGCAGACGGAGGCUUCACAGAGCUUCACACGCUGUGGCAGAAUGAGGAACGGGCAGCCAUUUCCUCGGGGAAACUCAAUGAGAUCUGGCACCGAAGACAUGACUAUUGGCUUCUGGCCGGGAUUGUCCUCCAUGGCUACGCCCGGUGGCAGGACAUCCAGAAUGACGCUCAGUUUGCCAUCAUCAAUGAGCCGUUUAAAACUGAAGCCAAUAAGGGGAACUUUCUGGAGAUGAAAAAUAAGUUCCUGGCCCGGAGAUUCAAGCUCCUGGAGCAGGCGCUGGUGAUCGAGGAGCAGCUUCGGCGGGCGGCCUACCUGAACCUAUCGCAGGAGCCGGCGCACCCCGCCAUGGCCCUCCACGCCCGCUUCGCCGAGGCCGAGUGCCUGGCCGAGAGCCACCAGCACCUCUCCAAGGAGUCGCUGGCGGGGAACAAGCCGGCCAACGCCGUCCUGCACAAGGUUCUGAACCAGCUGGAGGAGUUGCUGAGCGACAUGAAGGCGGACGUGACCCGCCUGCCGGCCACGCUGUCCCGAAUACCCCCCAUCGCAGCCCGCCUGCAGAUGUCCGAGCGCAGCAUCCUCAGCCGGCUGGCCAGCAAGGGCACGGAGCCUCACCCCACACCGGCCUUCCCUCCGGGGCCCUACGCUACGCCUCCGGGGUACGGGGCGGCCUUCAGCGCCGCCCCCGCCGGGGCCCUGGCCGCCGCAGGCGCCAACUACAGCCAGAUGCCAGCAGGCUCCUUCGUCACAGCCACCACCAACGGCCCUCCAGUGCUGGUGAAGAAGGAGAAGGAAAUGGUGGGGGCACUGGUGUCAGACGGGCUGGAUCGGAAGGAGCCCCGAGCCGGGGAGGUGAUCUGUAUAGACGACUGACCGGAUCGCAGGCCUGCGCAUCACCCAGGUCCCGUGCCCGAGGCCGACCCCCAGCUCAGGCUCUGGGACCGGCUGCCAAUCCUCCACCUUCCCCACCCCUUGGGCCGCCUCUGGGCUAGGAGCCACUCUGCCCCUCUCUGCGACUCCUCUCUUCAGGAAGGGCCCUUUGUCUGUCUCCACUCCCGUGCACCUUUCCCACCGCGCUUUGAAGACCGUGCUGGCGAGAAGAGGUCUGGGUGGGAGGCGGUGAAGCAGGGUCUUCCAAGUAUCUUCAUCCCCCACCGAACGUACACAGCUUCCCAAGAAGUGGUUGGGGGGGCGGAAAGAGGUGGAGCCUCCCCUGUCUUCACUCCUGCAAUACAAGCUCCAUCCACAGAAGUGGGGGGAUUAGCCUCACCUGGCCUUUAGGAACUGUGGUGGGGAGAAGAGCUUGCAAGAGAGGAGGGGGACUUCAGAGAGGGAGGAAGGGAAGAGGAGGGGGGGCUGCAUGUUUCCUUCCCCUACCUCUCCCCAAAAGGAGGGUGGAGCAGUUACAAGGGAGGGAGUCGAUUGCUGUUCAGCCUCAGAAUAAAGGCGCCACUCACUGGCUCAGUUACCUCCUGCGUACCGGCAUCUUGUGUUGGGGGGGGUCUUCUCCUCUCCCUAGGGACCAGGGACCCCCCCCCACACACACACACAAAGAGAGUGAUGGUUGGGCGAUACUCCCUCAAGCCAAAGAGGAGCUCCCCAAUCUGUUCUAGGGACCCGGGUCACCUAGAAAGGGUGGGAGAAAAUGCUACAGGCCAGAAGUGGGGGAGCCCCCAGACCCGGGGCUCAGGUUCUUGGAGUACUUCUACCCUCCCUCCUGAAGGCCUAGAUACGGACUGAAUUUGAGUGGAUCAGGCAGGGGGUGUAGUCGGGGGGCUGCCUUGCCUUUGGGACCAGAACAAAAUAGUGGAGGGCAGCCUGGGGAGACACGGGCAUGUCCUCCUCCCCAGGAAGGGCCGGGGAGAGUGGCAGUUUGCAUGGCGAACCCCCCACUUCCUCUUCGCUGCCCCUUCACUUUCUCGCUGCCCCUUUCCCAGGCUCUUCACACCCACUCCUGGGCUGUCCCAACCCCCUCUUCUGUAUCAGGUGUAUUGGUUGUACAUAUAAAUUAUACUUUCCUUUC